AUGGAACAGGUGAUGGCCAACGUGACGGGGACGCCCUCUGUCGCCGUUUGCGUAGAGGGCGUCUUCCAGCGGACGACCCCGCUCCAGCUGGCACGAAUGGCUUCGGCUUUGAGGAGCCUGGGCAAAGAGUACCUGGUUGUGUCGGUCAUGUCGGGUGGAGCCGGAGAGGAGGGCCAGGACCAGCACCUGUGCAAGUUGGCCAUGAGGAGCCUGCGGUCGGCUUUCGGGCUGAAGAUGAGGUCAUUGCUCUGUGUGGUGGACCCAACCGAUCGAGACAGACAGUUCAAGUUGAAGUUUCUGCGAUCCCUACCGAACUCGGCGAACUGGAGCUGGUGGAAAGAGAACUUUAAUCACCUCUGGACCCAUCGAGUCGCAGAUGGCGUUACCAUGGCAGGCCAUGUGCAGAGUUGGACCAUGAAGCAAAUGUGUCUCCAAGAGGUCGUGAAGCUGGAGAGAAGGCUGCCAGCGCUUGUGGACUGGGUGAUCUACUUGCGCUCGGACUUAGAUUUUCUGGCUCCGCAUCCCCCUCUCACGCCUAUGGCUGCGAUGGGCCCUGGUCGUGUUUGGAUUCCAGACGUCAUGGAUUGGGGAGGUCUGAAUGAUCGCUGGGCAGUCAUGUCGCGCGACGUGGCACCCGUCUACCUGGGCCGGAUUCGGGAUCUGAUCGAAAUUCGGCAAUAUGAGUACAUGCCUUCUGUCUUUUGUGUCCCAAUGGAAGGUUUUAAGAUGACAGUUUCAAUCUAA